AUGAGGCCCGAUGUAGCAAAUGACGCGCUCAACACCACACUUGCGACUUUGCAAUCGCUCAUCAGGCGUUGUAUCCACUUGAAACAGGAAGAUCCAGAAGCCUUGAAGCUAUCGGAUGAGAUUGCUAGAUGCGUUGCAAAAGACUUGAGGCUUUAUGGAGGACAUGCGACAUCAUUCUCCCCCCAGCUCUUGUCCUGUGCAGCCGUUGUGCGUCAAUAUUCUAAGGGUGGCGCCUUUGAAAGUUUGCCCGACUGGAACUCUGUGGUCGAUGAUGAUCCACGCAUCAAGAGCCACCCGCGCUUCCACAAGACGUUGAACUACCGUCCUCUCGCUGCAGUUGGAACUCUUCCCGUUUUGGAGGAUCAAGCUACCGGGUCAUCGUCUAUAAGUAAACCUCUCACUGUUCCUGCGGCUAUCCGUCCUUUGAUAAUACAAGCUCCCGCACUUCCAGCAAACUUCACGCCGCUGUCCCCAUUGCCGGCCUCUCUGCAGCUAGAACCGCUGACUCCUCUUGCUCCAUCAGUCACUUCUGCUACCCCUGCCACAACAAAGUACAAGCUCUUCGUGCCAGGCAAUAUGUCAAACAGGGUCAAGCUUACUCCGCACCCUACGAAUGACAAGAAGAGAAAGGCUGAAGAAGACGAUACCGAUUCGGCGGACGCUCCCAGUUCCCCAUCUAGAUCUCUCAAGCAGAAUCUGAAAAGAAUGAAGAAGUUAUCGUCUCAUGAUGCACAAGAUCAACUCCGUAUAACUAAGAAUGGAAGUACAAAUGACACAUCGUCGGCGGCGGAAUCUGAAAAGGUAUCGGACCCGGAAGCUCAGGACGCGAUUGACAAGGCCUCUGAUGAUAUUUUCUGGGACACAGAAACUAGGCCUCGUGAUUGGGGUCUAGAUUCAACGAUUGCCACAGCGGUGGAGCAUUCUAUUCGCUACCAUCCCCGGAAAUGCGACAAAUGCGAGAAAUUAAGCAUACCUUGCAUUGUUCUGCCGGAUAAAAAAGUUGGAUGUACGCGACUCGCUUGCGCCAAUUGUGACAAGACAAAGGUGACUUGCGCAAUAAAUGGUAUGGGUGUCCGGGACAGGUUGCAGGCUGAAGCCAAAGCAAAGGCAGUGGCACGAGUAGCCGAACCUCCCAAGCGCUCCAGGUCACGUGUCCCAAAGGCUCGAGCCGUCAAAAAGACAUUCAAAAAAGCUUCCCCGGCUGUACCGAGCAUUCCGCCAGUACCUUCAGCUGCCGAUGUUAUGGAAGAUAAUGUUGAACAUGGCAGUGAGCACAGCACCCUCCAAAAGGCAGCACCGAGCAUUCCGGCAGUGUCAUCGUCCUCCCAUGUUAUGGAAGAUAUUAUUGUCGAACAUGGUAAUGUUGAGGAACAACCGAUACAUUUGACAUUGGCUCCUGCCGAAGCUACAUUGCCCCCACCGAUUGCUGCACCAAUUAUGAUCGACCAUCCGAAGGACAUCCACCCAAUUGAAUCCACCCAUCCUAAGGACACCCACUCUAUGGAAGCCAGCCAUCCGGCGGAGCCCGAGCCGACUGCAAAAGAUAUUCUGCAGGCCAUCCGGGACCUUGGAAGCAAGUUUGACCUCCUCGCCACGAAUGAUCGGGUGGAUGCAUUGGAUGCCAAGGUUGUUUUAGUGGAGGAAGUCUUCGGCCACCGGCUGGCAACGUUGGAGCAACGCAUGAAUUCCUCCGAUGCACAAUGGAAGGCGAUGACAUCGUCGGUCGGACAUUUUACAAAUUGUCUCCGGGACCACAAAGAUGACCUCGAAGCCCAUAGACUCCACGUGAACACCACUGCCUACGCACCUCCACAGCACCCGACCGCUCAGCUUCCAGCGUGGCUCCAUGGUGCCAGUGGUGUCGAUGAUCUGGGUAUCUCCACUGUCGGCAGACAGUGGACACAUGCAUGGGACCCAUCCGUCGCAACGGGUGCGCACGGCUGCCUCGAAACAUCUGCAUCGGCUAUGCGGACGGGUUAUCCUCCGGAUACCCCCGUUCUUCGGGAAGCUUCAGUUGAAUCCUCCCGAUUGUCCAGCAUGUCAUCCACUAUGUCUGAUAAGUAG